AUGUCAUCUGCCGUGACACAAGUCUGGGCGGGCGCGUUCACGACCUUUCCGUCGCUAGACACGACCAGCACCGCGCUGCACCUGAAAAAAUGACGACCUCAAACAUCCUGUCGCUUCCAUUCCGGAAGUCGACGCAGAUCUCCCUCUCGAACUCUAUCCAGCAGUACAUCUCUAAGAAGUAUGACCAGCACUCCGACAUGUUCCGUCAUGACCUCGACGCCAUCGACACCCUGCGCCGCGACGCCGUCAAUGUUCACGAGGCCCACCCGAGCGGCAUCAAGAAGUUGCAGACCUACGCGGGGCAGUUGGUGUGGAUAGGCGGCAAGUUUCCAAUUGACAUUGGCGCAGACUUCACCUGGUACCCCUCCCUGGGCUAUCAUACCGAGCACCCGCUAGUGCAGAAUAACCUCAAGUACGAGCUCAUGAACGUCCUCUACAACCUCGCCGCCCUGUACUCGCAACUCGCCAUCGCCUCCAACCGGGGAAACACUGACGGGCUAAAGACGGCCGCGACUUGCUUCUCCCAGGCGGCAGGGGUUCUGACACACAUGAAGACGGAAAUAUUGCCCGAGCUGCGCAUGGACAACCCGCCCGACGAUAUGGACGACACGACGCUCGAGUCCCUGAUCCAGCUGUUUCUGGCGCAGAGUCAGGAGUGCUUCUGGCAAAAGGCCGUUAUGGACGGCUACAAAGACGCCUCCAUCGCCAAGCUCGCCGCGCGCGUGUCUGACCUGUAUAACCUAGCCGGGGAAGCUGCCAUGAGGAGUGAGGCCAUCAGCUCGGCCUGGAUACACCACACGAGCGCGAAACACCACCACUUUGCGGCCGCCGCCCAGUAUCGCGCCGCUUGUGACUGUCUCGAGAAGAGGAAAUAUGGCGAGGAGGUGGCCCGCCUGCGUGACGCUGGGGCGUGCGUGAAUGAAGGGUUGCGCGAAUGCAAGGGCGGCUACCUCAACAAGGCAGUUAUUGACGAUCUCAACGGCCUGAAGAAGCGCGUCGAGGAGGAUUUAAAGAGAGCCGAAAAGGACAACGACUUGAUUUAUCUCCAGGCUGUUCCGCCAAAAUCAGAGCUGAAGAUCCUCGACAGAGCCAACAUGGCUGUCGCCCGGAUCCCGCCCGAGGUUGCCAAGCCGUACGACCACUUUGGAGACCAUGCAGCGUUUGGGCCGGCCCUCUUCACGAGGCUGGUUCCCUUUGCCGUGCAGGUUGCAGUCUCCAUAUACGACGAACGGCGGGACCGUCUUGUCAAUAAUAACAUCAUUUCAGAGCUUGAAAGCAUGACGGACAAACUGCACCAGAUCCUGUCGAGCUUGAACCUACCUGGGUCGCUGCAGGCCCUCGAAAAACCCCUCGGGUUACCAGGCACACUUGUCCAACAUGCCGACGAGAUUCGACAGGCGGACGCGCUCAACAGGCUUCAGCGGGGCUUCGGCGACAUAGAAAAGCUCUGCGCCAGCGACCGGGCCGUGUUUGAGGAAGCAAAGGCGCUUCUCGCGGCCGAAGAAGAAGAGGACAUGAACCUGCGACUGGAAUUUGGCAAACAACGCUGGACGCGGCCGGAGUCGCGCGCUGAUCCCAGCCACGAUGGCGGCGCCAAGCUUUGGAACCAGGUUGCCGAAACUGAGGGCUACUUUGCGUCCAGCACGUCUAGUGAUGCCGUGGUACGGGAAAAAUAUGCGUCUGUCCAGGACACGCUGGCUCUGUUAGCCGGCCCCGACCGAAACAUGUUGGACUUCAUCCCUAACAGCAGGCGAGUCGAGAUCCCCGAGUCUUUGAAGCCCACGAUAGGGAGACUGAGAGGGGCCUACAACGAAGUCCUUCGGAUGGAAUCGAGGCGGAGAAAACGCGUAGAAGGGCUGAUGGCCCGAAGUCGCGCUGAUGACAUCAAGCCUGACAUCCUAGCCGAGACGGCGCGGCUCCAGCGGACUUACCCAAGCACGCCCAUUGUCACGGCGCACUUUGAAGACUUUUUCGAGAAGCGGCUGGACAGCCUCUACGAGGCGGACAUCGACGGGCUCGAAAAGGAAGGUGCGGAUCAGGAAAAGCUGUUGGCCGAUCUCCAGCGCGCGAAUCAGGAGUUCGAGGCGCAGAAGAGGAGUGUUGGUGACAAGGGCAACCAUGACCGUGAAAAGGCCUUGCAGAAGCUGGACAAUGCCUAUUACAAGUACAAGGAGAUUGUCAGCAACGUCGAAGUCGGGAGGAAAUUCUACAACGAUCUUAGCAGGAUUGUUGAGCAGUUUCGAAACCAGGCACGCCAGUGGGUCAACCAAAGGCGACAGGAGGCACGAGGCUUGGAGAACGAACUCUCCAUGCCACCUCUGUCCUCGCUCUCAAUCUCGCAACCGCGGGCAUCUCCACAGCCGUACCAAUCACCAGGCUCGGCCUCUUAUUACACGAGCCCGCCACAGCCUCAGCAUCUCCGGCAGGUCGUGCACAGCCCCCCUGCCGAGGCGCACAUCCAGAGCUGGGCCGACAACGUCCCGCAGCAGCAACCCAAGCCAAUGGCCCCCAUGCAAGGGGCGUGGAUACCUGACAUGGGAAUCAAGUUUGCGCCGUCGCCUGUCGCGGGCGGAAACCCCCAGGGAGGUCAACAAGGAGGCAACGUCCCGAUGAAGAAGACAUGGGACCCAAAUAGCGGGAUUCGGUUUGGCUGAGGAGGUCUAGCGUGGGGAGAGCCGGCGCAGAGGUUCGUUUGAGCUUGCACAUUUUGCUUCCGUCCAAACGCCGUAUUAUCGCAAUGUCGUUGGGCGCGAGAUGGGGGUUGUAAACUUGGAAGAGCAGAAGGCAGAGCCUUCACGUCGUGUAUACGCGGUUCCCGACAAUUAUUUGCAAUGAAGUAAAAAAU